AUGGAUCGCAUUUCUCAUCUUCGUCUUGUGCCAUUUAUCCACUCUACGUCUAUGACUACUAGCGUUGUCGAUGAGCGCUUAUCGCUAUUGCAUCCACAUGUCUCAAGACGAAUUGGACGACGUACGCGACUCCUUAUAAGUGGCUUGGUACUACUGUUGUUGUUUGCAGGAGGUGUCGCGUGCGUUGCCAUUGUCUUGCGUCUCUUCCGAGGUGCUACUACACUCCCAAUUAUAAUGAGACCGCUGGUAUUUUCCGAAGAGUUUGAUGCAAUUGUCAUUGGUGGAGGACCGGCAGGAUCAGUGGUAGCGAAACUGCUGAGUGAUGAUCCAUGGCGACGCGUGUUGCUGAUUGAAGCAGGGAACGCGUCCCAAAAACAGCUGGGGGGCAAGAAUGCCAUUCAGUCACGAUUCAAUGCAAAACAAUUGACACCUUUUGAUGUGCCGUUCUAUUGGACAAAUGUGGCCAAUACACCCCAAGUGCAUUGGGCGUAUCCAGAUGUUAAUGUAGCCAAAGCAUUAGGAGGAUGUGGGAUUCAUAAUGCCAUGCUUUACGUACGAGCUUUACCAUCGGAUUUAGAUAGUUGGCAACUGGAAAAAUGGUCUUGGGAAGAAGCACUGGCAAUUUACAUGGCUAUUGAGGACUUUGAUGGACCAAAUUCAAGUUACCACAGCACAAAAGGAUUUGUCCGUACGAGUCCACCAGCAUACAAGACAAAUUUUUCCAAAGAGUUUAUUGAAGCAUGUGAGCAAGUAGGAAUCCCACGGACGAUGGAUUUUAAUAAACCUGGUGGACGAUUUGGUGCUGGGUAUUAUCAUUUUAAUACCCGGGACGGGGUACGUGAGAGCGCUGCCAAUACGUUUCUUGGACCAAUACUGGAUAGCAAUACGGGAGAAUCUACACGAAGUAACUUUCGUUUGAUGCUGGAUACGACCGUCACGAGAAUUAAAAUCAAUGAGAAAAACGUGACCGAAGGAGUCGAAGUGCGCUACGGAAACGGUACAGUACAGAUCAUACGACUGGCAGAGCAUGGUGAAAUCAUUGUCACAGCUGGUGCGAUAAAUACGCCCAAAAUUUUGAUGCUUUCUGGGCUUGGACAUCGUGAUACGCUCAAGAAGGCUGGUUUGCCUCUGAAGAAGCACUUGCCACAGGUAGGCAUGAAUCUGCAGGACCACCCUGUCGUAGGAAUGACAUUUGAGUGCAAGAUCUCAAAAGCUAUUGAUCUCAAGGCGAAACUCGACUCGUACUUCGUGGCUACUAACACCAAGGGUUCUAAUUCAUCCCGCUUCGGACCUUUUGGCUCUGCCGGCCUUAGUGCUGGGGCAUUUCUUAUUCCUCCCGGCGGGACGCUACCUGAAAUUCAGCUCUCGCUGUUCCCCCGUAAUUCUGAACCGCACAUGUCCAAGAGCGCUACACUUGAUUAUGCCACAGAGGUUGUCAUCACGAUUGCACUACUGCACCCGCUAGCCCGUAAUCGUGUGGUACUCAUUCGCGAUGACGUCGAUUCGGUCGACGACAACAAAAGCGACGACUAUUUGAUCCCACGUGUCGUCUCGGAAGUGCCAGAGAGUAAGCCCGAACACCUCAAAGCGGGCGAUGUAUGGAAAAUUUCCUGGGCAAUUGGUGUGGUUCGAGAUAUUACAUCGAAGCUAGCUGAGAAGGGUCUCAUCGGACGUGAAAUCGCCCCAGGUAUCGAUAUCACCUCUUCAAAAGACUUGGACAAUUGGGUGUUUAACUCUGUAUUUCGCAACUCACACUGGGUUGGUAGUGCGUCCAUGGGAAGCACUGAGGACGAAGGUGUUGUGGAUAAUCACUUGCGCGUCUUUGGAAUCAAAAAUCUCCGCGUGGCCGACGCUUCUGCUAUUCCACGCAUUCCAAAUGGCAACGUCCACUCCUCCGUGGUUAUGGUAGCCUACCGCGCCGCGCAGAUUCUGCGUGAAGACGAAGCAGAAUAUCGGCAACGACAUGCCUCACAGACAGCACAGGAUACGUCUGCUACUUCAAGUACGAACAGCGAGAGCAAGCUUUGA